CAUCCACAAGGAUGAUGCUGUCGAUUCUCGAUGUAAUUUCGUGAACAGAAUACGUAAAUUGAAAGUGAAAGUGCAUAUUUGUGCAGCCAAAAAAAAACUGUGCUAAGUUUAAUCUAAAAAGCUACUAUUUUAAUCAAAAUCAUGUUUAGUGCAAGUGAUUGGAGCUCAUCUUUACUCGAUUUCAAAAAAAGCUCGAUUGGGUGACUUACUAUCGAUGCUAUCUAACUAAACAUUAUGAAUUGUUUUUCCAACAAUUUACCAACUGAGGUUUAUAGAAGUUUGAGAAUAGAGUGAUGAGCAAAACUCAUCAUGUGAACUCUUGGCAAUCAAUUGCACUAAGAUUUGGAUUAGAUGUAUAAUCACAUGUGGAUUAUUUUGCACACAAUUGUGGUGGGAUUUGUGAUGAGCAGUGUUCAGCAUGUCGUGACUCAGAAUGCGCAAAAGUCAUCAUCAACCUGGCCAACAACACCUAUCACCGCAAUCACAGAUCUACAUGUUGAAGCCAUCUCAGUUCAUGGUCACUCCAUUCAAUUGUUGGUCAAAUGGAAUGGAACAUAUGCAGAUGGUGAGUAUAGUUCAUGUUUUAACUUUUAGAAGCUCAAAAGCACUGGGAAAUGAUGAAAAGCUAUUGUAUAUGAUAUAGCAAAUACUCCCACAGUAUGGAUAAUUAUUUGAGGCAUAUAUCAAUAUUUAUUUAUCAUUUUUUUUCUUCUCUUUUUCCCUUCACACUCUGGCCAAAUAUUGUAGAUUGUGUUGAUGAUAUUUGCUCUUGUCCCUACGCCAGUCAACUACCAAAUGUGACUAUAAAAGGGCGCUAUAGCACAUUAACACGAACCAUUGAUAUCGAUUGGAACAUUACAUCGAUAUACCAUCUUCCCACGGAUGUUUCUGCGGAUCAUAUUGUCAUAAGCCUCUACAAUGUCCGAAAUCAAACAAUUCCAAUGCGUGAAUUAAAUCUCUUUGAACCCUUGGAGGUGCCACUCCCAAAAGACAAGAAUCAUGGAGAAAGAAUUUUUGGAGUGGCAAAUUAUAAAUUGCCUCCAAAUUCCACAGAAGGAGGACGAAAGUACAAAUUGGAGGCUCAUGUGAGGGACAAUAGAAAUUGCAGGAGUAGCGAUAGUGUGUCCUUUGUGGAAAUUCCAAGGAAAAUGCAGUCCCAAAAGGAGGACAAUAACUUUGUGAUUGAAAGGGAAAAGAUGUGGACGCUUCUGGCAAUGAUACCAAUAGCUAUAGUUAUUUUUCUGGCUAUUUAUUGUAUAAGAUACCAGAGAAAAUUGAAGAGAAUCAAACGCCUGCACAACUGGCAAGGAAUUUAUAGAACAGCACCAUUCACAGCUAAUGGAGGACUCAAUCACGUUUCGAUGCAGGAAAACGUCUUAUACAUCGAUACAGAUAUUCUGGAAGCUCGAGCGCGAGGGGAGGCAGAUUCACUGGAAAUUCCACAUUCAAGUCUCAGAAUUGGACGUGAAAUAGGAAAGGGUGCCUUUGGACGUGUUUUCAUUGCUCAAGCUGAAAAUAUUGGCAGCAAAGGUGGUGCUCGUAUUGUGGCUGUGAAGCAACUCAAGAAAAAACCGACAGCUGAUGAACUUGAGGAGUUCCUCAGUGAAAUAGCGACAAUGAAGAAAGUGGGUCGACAUCCCAAUGUUGUUUCUCUUCUGGGCUGCUGUACAAUCCGACAGCCACUGUAUAUGGUGAUGGAAUAUGUUGGCUGUGGGGAUUUGCUUCAGUAUUUGCGUCAGGUACGUGCUAAGCACGAAUCACGAUCAACAGCUGUUUGUCCCACCCUGACAACUAAAUCACCCUCUGGAGCAUUUGGAAAGUUUCUCAACUUCCCACCAUCCACCCCAAAUGGCCUCCCAAUGGGUGUUGCACUCAAGUAUCCCGAUUUGGCUCAACAGUCAAGUUCCAACUCGGAUGCGUCAUACAUAACCCAACCAGAUAGCAUCCCAUCAGGAAUGAUGAUGAGACCUUCAGUUACUGAAACUCUUUACACAACUGUGAGUAAUAAUGCUGAUCUGUCGGCCUCUAGUGCUGGAUCCUUGGAAUACGUCCUAGACCACAAGGAACUGCACAAGUUUGCCAUUCAGAUAGCCCAUGGAAUGAGUCACCUGGAAGAACGAAAGAUCACCCACCGAGAUUUGGCAGCCCGGAAUGUCCUCAUUGACGAACAGAAAACACUGAAAAUCUCAGAUUUUGGCCUCUCGCGGACGGGAAUCUACGUGAAUACGCGAAAUAAACGAGUCCCCCUGAGAUGGCUCUCUAUUGAGGCUGUCCGGGACAAUCUGUACAGCAGCAAGAGUGACGUUUGGGCCUUUGGCAUUGUGCUGUGGGAGAUUGGGACACUAGGAGGUUUUCCCUAUCCAACCAUUGGGAAUCACGAAUUACUGUCCUACCUGAUGUCCGGACGCAGACUCCAGCGUCCGGACAAUUGCACUGAAGAACUCUACCAGACAAUGCUUCAGUGCUGGCAAGAACAUCCCGAAGAUAGACCAUCAUUUGCCGAACUUGUGGCUAAAUUGGAGCCUCCACAGCAGAAAAUUUACAUUGACUUCAAUGACCUGGGGCCAGAUUACGUUUUCCCUCCAAUCAGUGAGGAAGUGAAAAAUUAGGAGCAAAUAACUUGAGUACAUUCCAUCGAAUUCUCUAUAGCGUAUACAUGUUUUUAAUUAAAUGGAAAAAGUUCUUGCAAAAUCCCUCCACAAAUAUUCAAUCCGUCAGAAACAUUAACCACUUAAUACAAUUAACGCUGGAAAGCCAUCAUCCUUGAUCCAGGACAAUUUUGUUUACUGGACCAAAAAAAAACAUUUUCCCUUUAGAACUGUAUGAAAAAACAAAGUUUGUAUAUAGCUGUUUCCCCGCUCCCCCGCCAUCAAUGAAAUGCAAUUAAGGAAUACUUUUUCAACAAAGAGUAAAACUUUUUGAUACUGUUUUGACACAUUCCUUCCCUUUCAGAAGAUGGACAUUUUUUUAUCAUCUCAUAAAAUACUUUUAUUAACUUUUGUUCAAUUUAAUAUUUUUCCACAAAUUAAAUUCCAUAAAACAGGGACAGUUAAUAAAACUUCAUAGAAAAAAAAA